AUGCGCACUCGUGAGCACGGUCGCCGAUGGGUCCCGCUGCUGCUGGCCGUCGUUGUCGUCGGAAGAGCACGAUGUUCUCCGACGCCGCCCCCUCGCGCGGAGGCUGAGGCCAACGGGACGACGGCGGUGGAGGACGCGCAUCGCGAGUGGGAUGUGGUGCGGCAAAAGUUGUCGGUGCUCGUCAACGGCUUGCUGGACCAGGCCCUUCCGGACCUGACCCGGACCGUGUCUCGCCUGGACCUGUCCCCGGAUUGCCUGCUCUCGCUCUUCCGCGUCAUUGGCGGCGCCCGCAGGAUGGACCUCGAGAGCAUGCGGAUGCUGGACGCGAACAGCAAGAUUCCAUCGGGCAUUCUGGAGGGCACUGUGACCGAUCUGGGUGACUACGACCAGUGCCUGUCCGUCAGGUUCCGAAACCGCUUCAACGAAGACCUCGAGGACUUCCGAGGCCGCUACUGUGGCUUGGCCCUCAAGAUGCCCCUGCCGCCCAAGCCAGAAGUCAUCGCUAAGAAUACGCGAAUCAUCGAGCCCGAGUUCUUCCCCGAGUCUCAUGUGUUCCGAGAAUUGGCAGAGAAGUCACAUAAUUUUUAUCACACAUUCUUCCGUUUCGGCCUCUGCCUGCCUAGUCAUUGCUCUCGGGAAGACGUGGAAAAGCUCGUUUCUCCAGUUAAGGAAUUGCUAAACAUGGAGACAUCUGUACUCAACUGCGACGUUCAUCAGGAUUCGAAGCCUCUCAACAAGGACCAAGUGAUAUCACUGAUUAUAAUUGGCUUUUUCGUAGUCGUAAUUCUGCUCGCAACUGCCGUUGAUGCCCUCGGCAGAAUGAAUCACAACUGGAAGUGUCAAGUCUAUCUCAAAGCGCCCGUGACGCAGUCCUUCGCCGAGAUGUCGCUGCUGCGGGCCACGCGGAAGCUGCUGACGGUCAAGACCCCUCGGGACGAGCACGGCCGCAACCUGCAGGUCGUGCACGGCGUGCGCACCUUUAACGUCUUCUGGAUCGUCGUGGCCCACACGUACGGCUUCGCCGAGCAAACCACCUACCGAUCCGGUCUGCACGUCAUCAAUCAAGCGAGCAGCAUAUUCUUCCAGCCUGUAAUGAACUCCUUUCUCUGCGUCGAUUCCUUCUUCUUUCUCAGUGGCUUUCUGUUGACGUUCAACCAGUGCAAAUCAACGUGGCAAACCGGACCCGUGCUCGAUUUCUUCGUGAAGCUCUUCGGUCGUUAUUGGAGGCUGGUGCCCGUGGCUGCGCUUUGCAUGACGGUGCUCUUCCUGCUCCCUGAGGUGGCGUCGGGCCCCAUCUGGCACGAGAAGCUGGACAUGGCAAUCGCCAACUGCCACCGGUCCUGGUGGUCCGUGCUGCUCAACGUGCAGAACUUCUACCCUUACGAGCAGUCGUGCCAGCCCCACUACUGGUACAUUAGUGCGGAUAUGCAGAUCUUCCCCGUGGUCUUAGCGACAUCGAUUCUCCUGGGAAGGAGGGCUAAACUGGGUCUGAUUGUGAAGGUUGUCAUCCUCGUACUCAGCGUACUCCUGGUCGGAACACUGACCUACGUGAACAGCUACCCUCCGGCCAUUGUCCUGUUCGGAAGGGACAUCAUAUACUCGAAAGGCCUGUUGUCCGAGGUCUACUUCAGGCCGUACGUGCACAUAGGGCCGUACAUUGUGGGCUCUCUCGUGGCUUACAUGUACCUCAAGCGAGAUAAGAUCCACAUCUCACCGCUGCUGGAGACGGCCGGCUGGCUGAUAUGCCUGGCUGGAGGUACGUACGUGAACAUGGUCACCAUCGCCUGGGCGGACGGAUCCUUCCCCAGCAACUGGUGGAGCACCCUCUACGCUGCGCUGCAUCGGCUGAUGUGGGCGGUGUGCCUCGGCUGGGCCGUGUAUGCAUGCGCCGUGGGAAGAGGGGGAAUCCUUAACACCAUAUUAUCUUGGAAGCCUCUGGUUCCCAUCAGCCGAAUUUCAUUCACUAUUUAUGUCGUUCACAUCUACGUACUCUACUUUAAACUCUGGACCAUCAGAGAGCGAGUAACUCCCGACACUUUUCAUGUUUUCAUGUCGGCCAUUUCCAGCUUCGUGUUGGCCACCAUCCUGGGAUUCGUGGCGUCCAUCUUCUUCGAAAAGCCCAUCGUGUGGCUCUGGGACACCCUGACGCGCAAGGGGAGGAAGCCCCGCGAGGGAGACGACGACAGAGCCAAGUCCUCCUUGUCCACUUCGUCUACCUGCUCCAACCCACACGGCGAAGAAGAAAUAAAAAAAGAGCGGCUAUGAA